AUGUUGCUGUCACAAGCCAAAUUGCACAACGUCUCCAAUGCUAUCAUCAAAAUGAACCUGAAGAAUAAUAAUAAUGGCAAUCAUUGUUCACCUGCUAUACUCUACCAUUAUCCUUGUCCUGAUGGUGCUUUUGCUGCUCUCGCUGCACAUCUUUACUUUAAGGCCACUUCCUUGUUCCCUCCUCUCUUCUUUCCCAACACCGUUUACAACCCUCUCAGAGCUGAAGAUCUUCCUCUGAAUGAAAUUAGUGAUCUUUACCUACUAGAUUUUGUGGGGCCCACUGGUUUUGUUCGGGAAAUCUCCACCAAAGUUCCAAGAGUGAUUGUUUUGGACCAUCACAAAACUGCGCUUGACAAGCUGGGAAGUGAGGCUUCACUUGGGGGGAAUGUGGAUAAGAUUGUUGACAUGGAGAGGAGUGGAGCCACUAUUGCUUUUGAUUAUUUCAAAGAGAAGCUUGUGAGUGCUGAUGUUGUGGUUAAGCACCCCUCAGUGCUUAAUGAAAUUGAGCGUGUAAGGCAACUUUUUCAGUACAUUGAAGAUGGGGACCUUUGGAGGUGGAGACUUCAGAACAGCAAAGCUUUUAGCAGUGGUUUGAAGGAUUUGAACAUUGAAUUUGAUGCCAAGAAAAACCCUUCCUUGUUUGACCAGUUACUUUCAUUAGACUUGGAUACUGUUAUUAGUAAAGGCAUGCGCAGCUUAUCACACAAGCAAAAAUUAAUUGAUGAUUGUCUCGGCAAGUCCUAUAAAAUCGCCCUAGGGAAUGGUGCAUAUGGUCAUUGCCUGGCUGUCAAUGCAGAUACUGCUCUUUCAGAGUUAAGGAGUGAAUUGGGACAUCAAUUAGCUACUAAAAGCCAGAAAAUGAAGUUGAGGGGUAUUGGUGCUGUUGUAUAUAAAGUACAAGAGCUUGAAAAUGACCAAAGGCUAAAAAUAAGUCUGAGGAGUGUAGAAAAUGAAGAUACAACGCCCAUCUCUCAGGAAUUUGGAGGUGGUGGACAUCGAAAUGCCAGCUCUUUCAUGUUAAUAGCUGAUGAAUUUGAACAAUGGAAAGUAUGAUUGAAAAUUUUCACUUGACAUGGAGAGAUGAAAGAGUUUACACAUGGUGUUCUGUAUGCUGCUCACAUUGCAAAGCCUUGUGAAAUGUUUAGAUAGCUCUAUCAGUUACUGCAUU